AUGACCCCGCGCCUGCCCCUCGCGGCCGCUGUCACGAUCACCACCUCGACCACCUCCGCUCCGCUGGCCGCGGCCGCUUCACGACCUCCGCUGUCGCGGUUGCGCGAGCUGAGCCUACACCUCUCGGAGGUGUUCAUGGCGCGGCCGGCGCCCGUGGCCGGCGCCCAGGCCUCAUCGGCUACCGACGAGCCACCGGGCAAGCGGGGCGGCAGGUGGGUGGUGGACAUGGACUACCUCUUCGUCGGCGCCCGGCGCGUGGUGGUCAAGAACGGCAACCCGACCUCGCUCAAGCCGACGCCCGACUGGGAGCCCACCAACAACGGCGCCGAUGAUGCCGACGCCGACGCCGACGCCGACGCCAACAGCGAAGAGGAGGUGGAAAUCCAGGUGGACGGGUACAUGCACGAGAUGGAUGACGUCAGGCGCGGCAACCUGUCGGCGCGGAGCCACCACCAGGCAGGGGGUCGGGCCGACCACGCCGCGCGUGGUGCGGCGCAAGGUCCCGCCGCCUCAUCCAAGAGGUAA